AUGCAUCUGCUCCCACGAUAUCUGCGCCGGUGGCCGCCGAGCGAUCGCCGUCCCGCCUCGCUUCAUGGGACCGGGAGAAGGUACUGCAGUGGCGGCGGCGGCGGCGGCGGCGCCACUACUGUCUUCAGCUUCGGAGACAACAGCAUGGGAGCGCUGGGCCUCCCCGGUCACCUCUGCGAUGCGUACGAGCCCACCCGGAUCCCCUUCCUCCCCGCCCACGGCGUCAUCUCCAGUAUCGCCGCCGGUCACUACCACUCUCUUGCCGUGACCUCUUCGGGAGAGGUCUGGUCGUGGGGCCGGAACGACGAGGGCCAGCUCGGCCGAGGUCUCGCUACUACAAGGUCUCCUCUUUUUCUCUCACACCCUGGCUCUGCGGGCAAUACAUUUCCUAUCGUCCUGGCAUCCGCUCGGCUCUCUCGUCCCGUUGUCCCUCGUUUCGGCUCGUCCUCCUCCGAGGGUUUCUCUCACUUUCAUACAGAUUUUCACUCGAUACCAAUCAUUUCCUUCACAUGGAAUUUCCUAGCCGCUCCGAGGGGCCUAGCUUGAGCCUUCGUGUUCGAUGGAAAUUAUGUGGGUGAUGCUGCCGGACUGUGGAAGUUCCCUCGAUGUUUUCUAUUUUUGAGGCUGCUUGACGUCUAGCUUGCAACCCAGACGCCAUUGCUUGAGGUCAACUGGUCACACAAAAAAGGGGCCAUUUUUGGAGAUGAUUAGAUCGGCAGUUGCAGCAGCAGCAGCAGCAGGGAUUGAAAAGAACUCGACCCAGUAGAUGUGAAACAGAUCCCUCCGAUUAAGGAAUUCUUCGGAUGUCCUCGGAGAUAGUUCCACAAAACUGCGUUUUUUUUGUCCCCAUGUUUUGAGCUCAUGUUUCUAAAUUUGGUCCCUGACAGAGACACUUGGCAUGAACCAAGGAAGGUGGAGGGCCUAGAACACAUUAGAGCCCGGGCUGCAUUUGCUUCUGGUGUUGUCUCUGCGGUCGUCGGGGAUGAUGGGUCUCUCUGGGUGUGGGGGAGAUCCAAGCGUGGCCAACUAGGUCUCGGCAGCGGAGUCACAGAAGCUAUUAAGCCUACCAAAGUCAACGCACUCGAAGGGGAGGAUAUUGUCAAGGUGCCCAGUAAUGAUCGUUUGGAUUUUUAUUUUUUUUAAGUUCAUAAGCUUCAAUCUUCUUCAUCCAUUCUUUAACCGGCGUUGACCCACCUUCACCUUGCAGUAGAAAGAUACUUACAGCAGAUCUUCUGUGCAGGCGUCAUUUGGAUGGGGGCAUGUUUUGGCUCAGACUUCAGAUGGGAAAUUGUUUGGAUGGGGUAAUUCGGGGGACGGAGGAUUGGGGAUAUUGAGUGGAAACUCAGAUGCAUCGUCCACCCCGCUGCCUGAUUCAGAUCCGUCAAGAACACCCAGAGCUUCUUCCGCCGCCAUAAUGGAAGCUGUCAAGAGAAUGGUCUUGGAUAAGAUGGAGAAGGAGAAGAGCAUGCCGAUAGUAUGGGAGCCUUGUAAGCUUGAAGAACUCGACGGCCGUAUGGUCUCUGAUGUGGCAUGUGGGCUCGAUCAUUCCCUAGUGCUCUGCUGUAAGAAUGUUUUUUUUUUCUAUAUUUAGCGUGAGAAAAAUACUAUUUUUGUAUCUGGUUAGCUUAGUUGCUCUUGUAUUUUUCAGCUGACGGCUCGCUGCUCAGCUGUGGAAGAAACACGUACGGCCAGCUCGGGAGGCCCUGUGAUGGGUUCAGGAUGCUGCCGGUGGCGCUACCAUUUCCACCUGUGUCUCUUGCAGCAGGUCUUGGUCACUGUCUUGUGCUGUGUAGAGUUCCCCAAGAGGAAGAGUCCACUGGGAUCGUCUCCUGGGGAUGGAAUCAGAGCUCCCAACUGGGCCGGCAAGGGGAGGGCGAUCGGCCGGAGAUGGUCAACGGCAUGGCAGGGGAGAAGCCCGUGGUCAUCUCAGGUGGCCGAGUGCACUCCAUUGCCAUCACCUCUGGAGGCAAUGCGUGGGCAUGGGGGAGCGGCAGGAAUGGCAGGCUCGGCAUGGGAAGCUCGGUGGAUGAGCCGGAGCCGGCAUGGCUGGAGAGCUUGGAGGGCCUGCAAGUCCUGCAAGCUGCGUGUGGGUUUGACCACAGUCUCCUCCUUGUGGCUGUGUGA